AUGGCUUAUAGGGGAGAUAAAAUAGUUUGUGGCCCUGGUAGCUUCCCAAAGUUGAAGUUUUUGACGAUCUAUGAUGCUCGUGAUGUGAGGGGAUGGGAUCAUAGUGAAGGAGCGAUGAAAUGCCUCGAGACACUCAACAUUCGUCGUUGCAAGGGUCUAACAAUGCUUCCAGACGUUUUGGCUCAUCUCAGAGCUCUGCAAGAAGUGAAUUUAUAUGAAAUGCCUGAGGAAUUGUUGGCGGAGAUGAAUGCUGGAGGAUCAAAAAAUUGUAAAGUCCAGCACAUUCCACACCUGAGCUGGCAUUUCAAGUUAUUGCAACAUUCCGAAAAUGCUCAUCAAAGUUGGACGGCGAGCUCUCCCAAGGGCUUUUAUAGAACCCUCCAACCACGAAUUGUCCCUUUUUGA